AGAGAAUGGACAUGAAAGACUGAGCGCGACCUUGGUGUAAUUUGAACCACAAUUAAAACCGUUUGCUUAUCCGUUUGGUACUUUCAGGGACAUGUAAUUUCAGUCAGCUGCUUGUGGAUAAAUAAAAUGGCCACCGCCCGCGACCCUGGUGAUUUGCUUCGUUCAAAUGACGGCAAAGCAAAUUUCCAACGUUUGACUCGUCUGCUGAUAACUGGAGGUACUGCACUACUGAGGGAACUUUUUGACAUGUUUUGUCCUCCAAAUGAUCUUCCAAAGUGGCUGCAAAAUCCUGCCAUAAUGAACCAGCUUAAAAUAGCUAGGCUCACCAAACCACAAAGGGAUUGCCUAUACCCUUCCUCAGGGGUGUACGGAAAAUCAGUAGAAUUUGAUGUAACUCUACUCUUCAGGCUACUGAGGACACUUUGUGGCCUGAUCGAACCGGCUACAGGUUGGGAUGCUCUACCAGUAACAUCGGAUUACAGUUUGGAGGCAGAUUUAGCGAGAAUUAAAUACUAUCGGAACUCUAUCUAUGGUCAUGUUUCCCAGGACAUGGAGAUAUCAGAUGCAGCCGAGUUUUUAUCCUUAUGGAAAGAGAUAAGUGAGGCCCUUGUAAGGAUCGCGGGACACAUCAGCCAUGAGAAGAAAACGGAAUGGCAGAAGGCGAUUGAUAAGUUUUCGACAGAUCCCCUCACGGAUGAGGAUAGAAGAAAUGUAGAGGAAUUGCACACUUGGUAUCGUAACGAUAUGGAAGUAAAGAAAUCCCUAGAGAGACUAGAAGCCACAACUCAGGAAAUGAAAGAACAGAUGGGAGAGCUGCAUCAGAUUAUAGAUCGGAAGUUAGCCGUCUUUACCGAAAGCCCACGAAGGGGAGGUUUUCCUCAAGGUGGCUACAACUCAAGGCAAAGAGACAAGACAAGAGGAGGACCGCGAUGGGUACACAGAGGCGGGUUUUUCCAGGGUUCAAAAAACACCCAAGUGUAUAGAGGGGAUCAAUUUUAUGGCCUUCAAGAACAGCGGUUUGCUUACCAAAGACGAUAUGGAAACCAAGGAGGACAAGGAGGUGGCUUUCGAGGGUGUCAAUCAAAACCAAAAUGGAAGCUAAAGGAUUGGGAGCGAGGUGGGGAACGAGAUGUGGAAAGGGUGUCAACCAGACAUGAAGUGAAACCUCACGAGUUUAAACAAACUCAGCUGUCAAUUAAAGCUUGCCGAGUGUCUCUAGCAACUGCAACCGGGGCCAGUGAAUCUCGAAAGAGUCAGAAACCUGAUGCCAAAGCACAACAGCUGGUGGAAGAGAAAGUUCAAGUAGACGAGGAAAGCAAGCAUUUGUUGAGGUCAUCUGAAUGGCUGAAGUUGUGUGACGAGAUCAACUCAACGAAUGUCCUUGUCCGGCGGAACAACUCGAACGACACAUACGUAGCUGGGUUCCGUGAUGACGUGACCGAAGUGAUAAAGAAGUUAAAUACCUUUCUUGAAAACAAUUGCAUUAGGGCGGAACGUUUUGUGUGCACGUCUGAUAUUAUGCGAAGGUAUCUUCUUGAGCCACGUCAAGAAGAUCUACGCACCAUAGAAAAACAAUUAAAAGAUUUUGUAGUGAGUAUUAAAAAGGGAAAAGACGAUGAUGAUUUUGUCAUUUCUGGAAACAGAGAGGGUUUGUCACGUGUAAGAAAGAAGAUCGACGCUCUGAUAGAUUCCACUGAGUUGAAAACCUUUAAGGUGAAACAGCCAGGCCUUCGAAAAUACUUUGACAGUGGAAAAGGAGAUCAGCUGGUAAAAUCGGUAGAAAAAGAUCAAGACUGUGCCAUAAAAGUCCAGAAAAAAUUUGGUCGAGGAGGAAGGGACGAGGUGUUGCGCGUCGAAUCCGAAUCCGACGCUUCUACUUCUUCAGGCGACAGUGACGAUGAUGCUGAGGAUGACCACGCUAUCACUACUGCAACUGACUCGUCUACCCUGGUAAGAGCCCAAAGGCACAGAGUGUCGUGGAAACCUGGAAACAUAGAGAAAGAGAAGGCUGACGUACUUGUCAGUUCUUUAGGAGCAUGCGAUAAAGCAAUCAUGAAUGCCGGUGGUCCUCAGGCCGCAACCCCCAACGUUGGUGACAUCACUGUCUCAGGUGGUUUUUCCUCGGUCAGUCACGUGAUUCACACGAACUGUUGUAAGUGGAACAACGGUGGAGGGGAGCCGACGCUGAGGACCAUCGUUCAAAAGUGCCUGCAAACAGGUGAAACGCUUCGAGCGAACUCCAUUGCAUUACCUGUCAUUGGGACUGGAAACCUACAAUUCCCACGCGAUACAGCCUCGAGAAUCAUGUUGGAAGAAACGGUCAAUUUCUGCCGAGCCAACCCCGCUUCUAAUUUAAGGGACAUCCGAUUUGUCGUGUUUAACCAAGAUCAAGCAUUAAUUUCCGCCUUCAAAAAUGAGAUGGACAAACAUAUUGGCCACCCUGCUAUCACGCCUUUAACUAGUGGAAUGCGUUCCUUACUUGAAAAGAAGAAAACGAUGGGGACAUCGGAUGUUAGCAUUGAAGUCUUGAAGGGCGACGUGUACCAGGAAACUACAGACGCCAUUGUGAAUAUAAUAACUAAAGACCUGAACAUGGACAGUGCUGGAAAGUUGAGCCAGACAGUGAAACAGCUAGCCGGGCCACAGGUAGAGACUGAGUUGAAUCAGCUCGGACAACAAUCGGGUGGAACCGCAUUGAUCACCAGCGGUGGAAAUCUACUUGCACAGAAAAUUAUUCACUUAAUUCCAGACAACAGCGGAAAAGACCACCUCCAGCAGUGUGUAGAAAGAUGUCUUUGGCUGGCAGAGACUCAUGGUCUUCGAUCCAUUUCGAUUCCCGCAGUUGGUACUGGUUCAUUGCAUGUUUCUGCAGUGGACUCAGCCAGUCUGAUAUUUAACGCCCUGAAAAACUUUAGUGGAAGCUUCCGUAGUGUCCGCAAGGUCAGAAUUGUAAUCUUCGAGUCUCCAAUGUUGUCGGCAUUUCAGCAAGAACAUCAGAGGUACUCGUUUUCUCCACAAGUAGGCGUGCCUCAGCACAUGACCUUAACCAGCCCUUUCGGUGUCGAAGUGAUAAAUGGCGAUUUGACUCAAGAGAACAGCACUGACGCUAUCAUGAAUAUCAUCAGCACGGAUAUGAACAUGAAUAACGCCGGAGACCUAAGCAAAGCCAUAGCAAGACAGAGUGGUCCACUGGUGCAACAAGAAUGCAACCAAUUGGGAAAGCAGCUUCCUGGAACAGCGAUAAUUACCAGCGGAGGUAAUUUACAAGUAGCUCAUAUUGUUCACAUAAUUCCAGGUUCCUCAGAUAAGCAGCAUCUCCAGCAAUGUUUGGAGGAGGGUCUUCGUGUAGCGGACGCCAAUAACUUUCAAGCGAUCUCAAUUCCGUGUGUUGGCACAGGAGGAUACGGCUUGACCGGAGCGGACUCAGCCCAGCUGACGUUCAAAGCACUAAAUGCAUUCAGUGCCCGCUGUAAAAAUAUUCAAAAAGUAAGAGUGGUUGUGUUCCAGGCCUCCAUGAUGCAGGAGUUUCUACAAGAGCAGAAGAAACAACCAGUGCAAGACAUUGAAGGAGAAGGUGACUCAGAGAAUGCAGCAAUAAGGCAAACCAGAAGACGCGGACGUAGGCAGGCACCAGGCCAAAGUAAUGAACAUUCUGUAAGAAUUUCUGUGAUUGGCAAAGACAAGGUGAGCAUAGGAAAAGCCGUGGAAUCUUUGAAGAAAGGUUUCUCUGACGCUUGUACAAUGGAAAAAGUGGAAACUGACGUCGUCAGUCAGCUUUUCGAUAAGCAGAAGGAUAUCUUGAGAAAAAAAGCUAAAGACCGUGACGUCAAACUUGAAAUUGAGGAUGACGUGGAUCGCAUUGUCGUUCGUGGUGGACCAACCGAAGUAGCUGAUGAAGGGAUUGCUCUACCAAAGCACUGGGCACCUAUGCCCGGGCAUGACUCUACUGUACAUAAAGUAGAAUUGCAGCCAGGCUCCCCUGAGUAUCAAGAUGUCGUACGUAAGUUUCAAGAAACAGCCGGUGCGUUUAAUAUUCAGAAGAUUGAACGCGUACAGAAUCCUCAUCUGUAUCAGUCUUACAUGGUAAGAAAAAAGAAAAUGGAUAAAGAUACGGGAGGAAAUAGUGAAAGACAGCUGUUUCAUGGGACUUAUGCUAAAAACAUCGACCAUAUCAACACACAAGGAUUCGACAGAAGCUUCUGUGGGACUCGUGGCACGGCCUAUGGACGUGGUGUUUAUUUCGCUAGAGACGCUCAAUACUCUGUUGCAUGCGCUGGGGGUGGUGGAGGGCGCCAAAUGUACUUUGCCAAGGUCCUCGUGGGGCAGUAUUGUGUUGGAGAUCCUUCAAUGAUCGUGCCUCCACCAAAAAAUCCAUCGAAACCUGAAAUUCUUUACGAUUCCGUGGUUGAUAACCAAUCAAGCCCCAGCAUCUUUGUUGUUUUCUUUGAUAAUCAGUGUUACCCUGAAUACCUUAUAACAUUUUGAAGACCACAAGGACCUUUUUCUCAGAAAACGGCAGAGUUGAAAUGCUUUAUAGUUAAACUUAGUUUAUUAGAUAUAUAA